GGAGGCGGGGCUAAGCCGGGACCAGCCAGCGGAAGAGACCGCGGCGGCGGAGAGCGGCACCCACACCGUGUGGCGGCGGUGAGUCCCGGCGAGCCCGAGCUGCACGUCCCAGCCCCGGGGAAGCGCCGGAAAAAACGGAAGGACCUGGGAUUCCAGAGCAGUCGCCGCUGACUGCUGCUCUCCUGACGUUGCCGCGGCGGAGGCUUCCGCACUCGCCGCUGAAGACGCGGCCCUGACAGGCCUAGAGGCCUAGGCGCGGCCCUCCGAGCCCGACGUGUUGCCGCCGGUGCAGCUGUGAGUAAUCCGAGCGCUCUCUCCACGGCCGUUUACAGAUUAAAAUGGAGGAAAUUUCCUUGGCUAACCUGGAUACUAACAAGCUGGAGGCCAUCGCUCAGGAGAUAUACGUAGACCUGAUAGAGGAUUCUUGUUUGGGCUUCUGCUUUGAGGUGCACCGGGCAGUCAAGUGUGGCUACUUCUACCUGGAAUUUGCAGAGACUGGUAACGUGAAGGAUUUUGGCAUUCAGCCAGUUGAAGAUAAAGGAGCGUGUCGCCUCCCGCUUUGCUCCCUUCCUGGAGAAUCUGGGAAUGGGCCUGAUCAGCAGCUGCAACGCUCACCUCCAGAGUUCCAGUAGCCGCCACGUGAGAGUCCGAGGGUGACCAGGACAAUAACAUAGACCAGUCCUGUGGUUUUGAGAAGUUAGGUAGCUAAGUAGAAAAAAGCAAAAAAAAAAAAAAAAUCAGACAAAAGUCCCAAUUCCCAUUGAAGAUCCUACCCUUUAAAAACCCGAAGUGGAGAAUUUAGGAAUUCAGAUCCUUGUUUAAGUGUAUUAUGUUGGGUCAGCUUUGAAAUCCUGAUCAGGAGGAGCUGUACUAUGGAUCCAGCUCCCCGUGCCGCGGUUGAUUUCUAGUGCACAAGAACCCUGUACUGUCUGUCCCCAGUGCGCAGGUGAGCAGCUGUGCACCCAUCAUAUAAAGUUCUUUGGUUCCUCAGCCUUUCUGUCUGCCUGGUGUCAAGGGCUUUCUGGGUAACUGACAGUUUGGACAUAACUGAUGGACAGGCCUUUAUCGUUGGGCCGCAGUGGGACAACACCUCUGAUCUCUCAGCCUUGGGUUUCUUCAAGACAGAUCCAAGUCAGUGAUGAGAGCUGGAUACUAGGCAUUCCAGUCUAGGAAAACUAUUAAAAAGAAUUCCUGACCGAAUCUGUAGGAGAAGCUCUGUGGUCCUGACUGCAAGGAGAAGAAAAGCUCAAAGUCACCAGUUUCCCAAAGGUCCAGCAUUUAAAAAUGACGUCAACGGACUUGGGGACUUGGGCUAGCAUCUUGCUGAACAGGGCCUGCUUUCUUGCACUGCAUGUGGUGGCAUAGGCUUAGCAGUUGGACAACUUGGUUAUCCAAGCAGGCUGAGGAUUGAGUAAUGAUUCCUUGGGGAGGUAGCAGGGCCUGCUGCAACUACGCACGAUCUUUCAAACUGCAGGAUUCUUAACUGGAUGUAUUAUGCUGUGGACAGCAGUUCAGUGGGGCAUUUUCCUACUCUUGAGUCACUAGUUACCUUGCCAGUCUGUGGGUCUAACUUGGUUAUUAUGCCAGGUCACUAUGGAAGAGCAUCAUGGCUAGCCAGGAGGCUGAGCUUUCAAAGUUGAGCCCAGAGGGGACCUUUUCCAACUGUAGUCAGUAAUGUGCUGGGAGCCAAGGAGCAAUACUGGGUCAUCUCUCAUCUGACUGUGCAGUAUCCUAUUGAACACCCCUGUUCCUUGGGUUGGGCAGUCACAGGGUUUUGUUGUGGUGAACAUCUAGAUGGUCACCACCUGCCUCUCACACGGGGCAGUGCUUUCCCCUCAGUCCCCUUUGGACUUUCCUGACAAAAGCUGUCCUUUUGUUGCUUGAAGGACGGGAUCUUUCAAGGAAAGGACCCCCAGAAACCCCCUGGUUUUAGCAAAUGGGGUAGGGGAGGAUGGGAACUGUGAGCUGUGUAUCAAAACUACUCUCCACUUGACUCCCUGAUUGAAGUUUAUGCUGUGUAGAGGGGUGGGAGCCCCCAAGAUGAGCGGGAACGGUGCUGCUUUAUUUGAAAUGUUUUCUUACCUCAUUCUGUGCUCCAGUAAGGGGCCCAGCCUCAUUUUUCUGGCUUGGCCCCACAUCCUCCAGUCCCUGCUCCACUGCCUAUCUGGUGCAGCUCAUCACCCCGGGUGCUGCCAGCCACUCUUCAUUCACGCUGACCAGUUUUAGUUUAUCUCUUGAUUCUCCUGCUUCUGAAGCCUGCCCAGUUUCCCUUUCCUUGACUUCUUUUAAGUUUGUUUUGUUUUCUUGUGUUUGUGAGAGAGAGCAGAAUCUUUCUUAUGGCUCCCUCUAUUGGGGUUGGGAUGGGAGGAGAAAGUAAUUUUUUUUGUAUAUGAUAAGCAGUGUCAUACCUAAGCAUUUCUCCUGUAGGACUGCCUUGCUGGUAUGGCUUCCUGCUGUGUCUUACUUUCUGAGAAGUUUUGUCUUCCCACCUCCACUUGGAUACUGCCUCUAGGACCUGAGCAGAACAGCAGUAAAGGACUGACACACAGGAAUGGAGUAGGUCCUGAUCCAUUUUCUCUAACCCUUGCUGUGCAUGUAUCCUUCCUUCUCCCAGAAGGAACUGUUUGGACUGUUCCUUGGACUGAUUGGGUUGCACACUCUACAGGGGUAAGGGAAGCAUAGUAAUGAAGCCUUGAGGCUGUUUAUUGUUGCAUUCUCCCUCUAGAGUUGUCCUGCUCAGGGUCAGGGCCUAGCUACAGAUUGGUCUUCCAGAAUUGUAAUAACUGUUUAAAAAGUCAGACCUUGGCAACAACUAAAAUAAUUUGAGGUUACAUGCCCUUGACUUUUUAAUAAACAUCUCCUUCUAAGGAGAUGCAGAAGGAAAGGAGGGUCUAAGUGAGACUCUGGCCUACCUGUAAUAAUGUCUGGGAAACAGGCUAAACUUAAGGUCAUGGUCCACUCUUACUUCAGAGAGGGAGCUCAGAUUGUGACAUUACUGUUUCCUUUCUGGCCUUUUCUCCUGGUUAGAAGGAAGAAUUGGAAAUAGUUUUGAGUAGUGGUUGGUUCACAUUACCUCCCUCUUGGUUUGUGGGUUUUUUUUUUUUCUUUUACCCCCCAUUAUUAGGGCAGUGGCCCCCUGAUUGAGUAUGAGGUGGGCUAGGUCUAACAGGUGCCCUGAGAGGAUAGACUAUUUUCAUUUUGAGGGAGAGAAUUCUCCCUACCAUGUAGUUGACAGUUGUUAGGAACUCUCCCUUUGCUUACCUAUCUUUCCUCUUAACAGCAGAAUUCCUGUCCUAAUCUCCUCAUAAGUGUAUUGCUCACCCUGUAAUUCUAUUAUGUAUCUGAGUGUGUAUGUAUGGGGGGGGAGGGGUUCUUUACAAAUUUCUGUGGUUUGUGACUUUUUCUUCCAUACAUUAGUUCCCACCACCGCAUGCCCAGGGGCCAUUGCCUGGCAUUGUCGCAUGCUGGGAUCAUUGGGGAAGUAUAGUGAAACUCAUUGUCCUUUGUUUUGGAGAGUCUUAUUUUUGCAUAAGUAGUCCAUCCUAUACAGAUUGCUAACUAACUGUGUAUUCCCCUUGCCCCUAUGGCUGCUGGUGUAAAUAAACUGCAUCUCCUCAUGGUAAACGAUGACAAUAAACAAGAUUUUAAAAAUGA